AUGCUGUUGGAAUGGCAUGGGCGAAUUACCAAAGCCAAACAAGAUAUUGCCACCCUCAUCGUCUACGAGACCGGGAAACCUAUGGCUGAGGCGCUCGGAGAAGUCGACUAUGCGCUUGGUUUUGCCUGGUGGUUUGCGGGCGAGGCUGAACGGAUUCGCGGGUCCGUGGCCAUUCCAUCCGUCAACAAUCGACGAACGAUCAUUGUGAAGCAGCCGAUCGGCGUCUGCGUGGCCCUCGUACCAUGGAACUUUCCUGUGGCUAUGAUCAUCCGUAAAGUCGCCGCAGCGUUGGCCGCCGGUUGCUCUAUAGUCGUGAAGCCUUCGCCCGAGAGCCCACUGAGCGUUAUGGCUCUUGCAGAUCUGGCCCUUCGCGCUGGCAUACCUGCUGGCGUGUUUAAUGUCAUUACGACGAACAGCAUUAAUACACCUACUGUGAGUGAGAGUCUGUGUAAGCACCCGCUUGUUCGGAAAGUCACUUUUACUGGCAGUACGGCGGUGGGUAAGCUGGUUGCAAGACACUGCAGCGACGGAUUGAAGAAGCUAACCAUGGAAUUGGGCGGUAAUUGUCCGUUCAUUGUCUUUGAUGACGCAAACUUGGAAGAUGCGGUGGCUGCUCUUAUGAUUCUAAAGUGGCGGACAGCCGGACAAGCAUGUACUCAUGCGAACCGAGUGUACGUACAGAGUGGUGUGUACGAAAAUUUCUGCCACAUGAUACUGGAGGCCACUUCGAAGAUUGUCGUCGGACAUGGUGCAGUGCCCGGCACGACCAUGGGUGCAUUGACCACCCCCCGCAGUAUCGAGAAGUUGCAACGCCACGUCGUCGACGCGCGAGAGAAAGGCGGCCGAAUUCUUUCCGGCGGAAAAUCACCCGAACACCUGGACGGAUACUUCUUCGAGCCUACCAUCAUCGCAGACAUGACUCCCGAGAUGUUGACAAGCAAAGAAGAGAUCUUUGGCCCUUUGCUCGGUCUAUUUCGCUUUGAGACCGAGGACGAAGCCGUCAGGAUGGCCAACGAUACCUCCAUGGGGUUGGCUUCGUAUUUCUUCACCAACGACACCAGUCGUACUUGGAGGCUGCUGGAAAACCUCGAGGCUGGAAUGAUUGGCAUGAAUACUGGAAAUUCCUCAGGUGCUGAGUCACCAUUCGGCGGCAUUAAAGAUUCAGGGUACGGCAAGGAAGCGGGCAAGGAUGUGGCGAUUGAAGAGUAUCUGAUCGCGAAGACGGGAACGUUGACAGUCAAGUUUUGA